AUGGCAGAGCGUCACGAGCAUGCUGAAGCCAUUCAAAAAAAGUUACAAUCAGGCGACAAGAAGUUUUACCUCACAGCACUAGAUGUGGCUAUCAUUCUUACUGUCCCUUUGAGUCAACUGCGACCAAAUGGCAACUUGUCUGCCACUACGCAGAGCCGUGUCGCGCUACGGGAAAUGCUCAAAAAUUUGGGAAAGCUCACACAUCAUUGCAAGUAUUGGAACAUUCUCUAUCCUGCCGUCCAGCAGCACGCAGCCAAGACUUCAACAAAAGCUUCGUCAAAGAAGUCCGCAUCUGCAUCAAGCAAGAAAGGAAGCAAAAAGCGUCCUUAUACCGAAGACGAGAAGGAUGACGACUACAAGCCAGACGAACCGAACCGCGCCAGGGAGACCAAAAAGGCUGUUCUCGUCCGUGAUGGCAACGCUUGUGUCUUCCUACGAACAAGCAACCCAGAGGUUGCCCAUAUAAUUCCAGCCAGCUGGAAUAGAGAUGCUGGCCAGAUCGAAAAGACUUUAAGUCUUAUGCCUGCAAUUGAGACCUUGAUGGUAGAGAAACGCGACGCAGAUAGUUGGUCGGCGAUGAACGAGCCUCUACUCGCCGAUCCAGACAACCAAGGGAGCUCUGACCGUCCCUGGAAUGCCAUUUGCUUGAACCAUCAACUCCAUUUCUGGUUCGACAAUAGACUUAUUGGUCUGAAGUUUCUCGGCUCCCAGUCUAUUAGCGAUAAUCCCCCCAUGUCCGAGGUUGAUAUACAAUUCCACUGGAUGAUGCGUGAUAUUCGCAAGCGGACCAGAAAAAUGGAUAUUGGCACGGAGAACGACAGCUUUAUGGGUAUGGUUGAAACAGUUCGUACAUUCCAGGACAACGGUUACCCUACUCCUCAACUACCAUCCCAAGAUGGGAUAGUAGGGGCAUUCAAUGCCAUAGAUGGUAUCCCUCUGAUCUCUGGGCGGGUUAUAAAGCUUAGACUACCAUCUAAGGAUGUCUCCAAGCUUAAAACAGCAGUGGAUAUCCAGUGGGCUUGUACCAACAUUGCAAGUAUGGCUGGCUCUGCGGGCUGGCCUGAGUACACGUCUCAUUAUGAUGAUGAUGGUGAUGCUGAGAGAGGUUCCAUGCUGACUCGAGAAUGGGUAUUAGAGCAGUCAAUUUUGCAGCUGUCGAGCUCCUCCUUGAUGACAUCGUAG